GGCCGCCGGAAGGGAGGUGGAAGUUUGUUGUGGCGGCGAGGAACAGGAAGCCCUGAAGGGUCAAAAGGAAUACAAAAAGCAAAGUGUAUUUGUUUCCUUUCCCCCAUCUUUCUUUCUUUCUUGUUUUAAAGAGCCAGUGGCCCUCGCGGCGGCGGUUUGGGGUGGGCGGCGCCCAGUGGAGGGAGUCCUGCCUCCCGCGCUCUGGUAGACUGUUCCAGUAUGGAUGGAGGGGAUGAUGGUAACCUUGUUAUCAAAAAGAGAUUUGUGUCCGAAGCAGAACUAGAUGAACGACGCAAAAGAAGGCAAGAAGAAUGGGAGAAAGUUCGAAAACCCGAAGAUCCAGAAGAGUGUCCAGAAGAGGUUUAUGACCCUCGGUCUCUGUAUGAACGGCUGCAGGAACAGAAGGACAGGAAGCAGCAGGAGUAUGAGGAGCAGUUCAGAUUCAAAAACAUGGUAAGAGGUUUAGAUGAAGAUGAGACCAACUUCCUUGAUGAGGUUUCUCGGCAACAGGAACUAAUAGAGAAGCAACGAAGAGAAGAAGAACUGAAAGAACUGAAGGAAUACAGAAGUAAUCUCAACAAGGUUGGAAUUUCUGCAGAAAACAAGAAGGAGGUGGAGAAGAAACUGGCUGUAAAACCCAUAGAAACCAAGAACAAGUUCUCCCAGGCAAAGCUGUUGGCAGGAGCCGUGAAGCAUAAGAGCUCAGAGAGUGGCAAUAGUAUGAAAAGACUGAAGCCAGACCCUGACCCAGAUGACAAGACUCAAGAAGCCCCAUCCUGCGUUUCUCUUGGAAGCUCGUCCCUUGGUGGUCCCUCCAUCCACUGCCCCUCUGCUGCUGUCUGCAUCGGUAUCCUCCCAGGCUUGGGCGCCUACUCCGGAAGCAGUGACUCCGAGUCCAGCUCAGACAGUGAAGGUACCAUCAAUGCUACUGGGAAGAUUGUCUCCUCCAUCUUCCGAACCAACACCUUCCUUGAGGCGCCCUAGCUUCUGAUCUUACCACAAGGAUCACCUCCCUAGAGGGCUGGACCAUCUGUUCUGCCUCCAGGAAUCACCUCCCUCAAAAAACUCCUUCUCCUGCAUCCUGUGCACACCGUGACAUUUUUAACCUAACCAGAAAGUGGGCCACAUUCCACUUGUGGCCUGAAUCGUGUGUGAUUUCUCGUUCCACUCCAGUGCAGAUGAGUGAACCUGUCCCACUGAUGUGGGGGUAGGGUGGGCACUAGGUCCAGAGAAAUGUCACUGACUGUGCUGGUAUAGGCACCAGAUAGCUUAUAGCAGCCGUCACUGGAGCUCAUUGCUUUCUUGUGCUUUUUCCUGUCCUAGCAGCACAGGGAAGCAGGGUCAGUUAUUGGAAAAGUGUUAUUGAAACAUCGUAUUGUAGACGCACAGUGCUUGGUUCUCCCGUGUAGUGUGUGGAGCAUGCACAGAAAAGGGCUGACCAGAGGAUGACAUGGAGUGCUUCCUGGAACUCAGCCAUCCUUGAUGUUGUAUGACUAAGUAAAGAUUAGAAGCCACAUCUGCAGGGUUGUCAGCUAACACCAGCCUUGGAGGUGGACCUUUUCCUUGUUCCUGUUCCUCCUCCUCCCCCCCCCCACAUGGGUAUAAGAAGGGACUGGUAAUGAGGAAGCAUCCAUGUUCUGCCCACCUUCUCUCUGCCUGGAAAAUUGUUUUGUUUUUGAAAUAAAAGAUUUAGUUUGAGAUUCUAAA